AUGUUAUCCCCCUUUCAAUUGGCCUUUCUUCGCAAUGGCCUGCGACUCGUCUUCUCCGUGUCGCUGGUCCUGAGCCUGCUUCUCACUGUCUACCUGUACUUGUACCCCGCCUUCCUCUCGUGCGCUUUUCCUCUUCCUCGACACCGUACCUCGGGCUCGCACAACAGUGGCAGUAGCCGGCUGUCCGCCUUCUUCGAGACGGCAAAACUCCAUCUGCCCUUCACCGACCCAACCGCGACGAUACCAGACCGAGAUGGCUCCGGCCACGUAACCCCUCUCCGAAUAGCCCCUUUCCGGCUGCUAGCGCUCGGCGAUCCCCAGCUCGAGGGCGACACGUCGAUCCCCAAUUACUACGCCGAGUCCUCCUUCCCACACCUCAAGAGCUUCUACUCGCACCUGGUCUCCCGCAGCGACGACCACCCUUCUUUCCGAUCGAGCAAGAAACAGGCCUUCCAUGACCUCGUCGACUUCUACUUCGAUGACAUUCCCAACACUUUUGAGAGCGUGCGCAAGCGAAUCGACCUCUGGGGCAACGACUUCUACCUCGCACACAUGUACAGAACGCUGAACUGGUGGACUGUCCCUACACACACCACUGUCCUGGGAGACCUGGUCGGAAGCCAAUGGAUCUCGGACACCGAGUUCGAGUGGAGGGCAUGGCGCUACUGGAACCGCGCCUUCAGCGGUGGGCAGCGAGUGCCUGACGAGAGCGCAACAUGGCCGGCAGAAGAGUACGAAGUGGCCGGAUACCUGGGCAAGAGUGUAUACAACGAGACGUGGCAACGUCGCAUCAUCAACGUCGCGGGGAACCACGACAUCGGCUAUGCAGGCGACCUGAACAACGAGCGCAUGGACCGCUUCGAGCGCGUCUUCGGCAAGGCGAAUUACGAGCUGCGCUUCGAGCUGCCCACCUCGGUCCUGUCGCCCGGCGGUGCGAGCACCAUCCGCAACGACACCGCCUCCAACGACGAGAACUACAACGGCCAGGACGACCGGCUCGUGCCCGAGCUGCGCAUCGUCGUCCUCAACGACAUGAACCUCGACACGCCCGCGCUGUCGUCCGAGCUGCAGGACCAGACCUACCGCUUCGUCAACGACAUAAUCAGCACCGCCACCGCCGUCGAGUUCAAGGGCCACUCCACAGUCCUCCUGACCCACGUCCCGCUCUACAAGCCCGAGGGCGUGUGCGUCGACGCCCCGCUCUUCACCUUCCAUGACGGCGACGGCACCCUCAAGGAGCAGAACCAGCUAUCGGCCGACGCCUCGCGCGGCAUCGUUGAGGGCAUCUUCGGCCUCAGCGGUGACCCCGAGGCGCCCGGGAGCGGGCAGGGCAGGGUCGGCGUCAUCCUCAACGGUCACGACCACGAGGGCUGCGACACGUACCACUUCGUCAACCAGAGCCAGGGGGACGACCCCGCAGGCAGGGACUGGCAGGUCAGGCGGUUCCCCGAGGCCGCCGCCGACGGCCUUCCCGGCAGCCCCGUGCUCCCCGGGGUCCGGGAGCUCACGGUCCGGAGCAUCAUGGGCGGCUACGGCGGCAACGCCGGCCUGCUGAGCGCGUGGUUCGACGAGGACGAGUGGCAGUGGAGGUUCGAGUUUGAGAACUGCGCCCUGGGGACGCAGUACGUCUGGUGGGGGGUCCACGCGCUCGACCUGGUCACGGUCGGGCUUGGCCUGGCGUAUGCUGUUGUCUGCUUGCUGGGUGCCGGUGGGGAAGAGAAGAAAGCGGUGACCGGGGCUGAGAAGACAACGACUGGCACGAAGGAAAACGGCCGUGCUGUCGUUCCUGGAAAACCUGUGUUGGUUGGAGAGGUGAAGACCGAAGAGCAUGUGAAGACGUGA